CUAGAGUCGAUUUACAUGUGCCUAUUAAUGUUCGGUCGCAAAUUUUCCCGCAGUUUACAAACAAACGCAACGCCGCUUUUUCUAGUUUUCUUGUCUUAAAAGCCUAUUUCUCACACAAUGGUUGAACGUAUUGAGGAUUUAAAUUUACCAAAUGCUGUCAUCACCCGUCUCUUAAAGGAUGCCCUGCCGGAUGGCGCCAAUGUUUCCAAAGAGGCGAGAUCAGCUAUUGCCAGGGCAGCAUCAGUGUUUGUUAUUUUCCUGACCUCCACCUCAACGUCUUUGGCACGCAAACAGAAUCAUAAGACAAUCACCGCCACAAAUAUUCUGGAUGCAUUAAAACAACUGGAGUUCGAAAGUUUCAUAGAUCCGCUAACCAAAGAUUUGGAAGCCUAUCGAAAAGUCGUCAAAGACAAGAAGGACAAAGCGAAGAAAGAUACCAGUGGCACGGAAAAUGGUACUGAAAAGGAAAGCGAGAAUGCAGCAUAAAGGAUAUGAACUUUGUGUUUCAAUGAGAAAGUGUAUUGAAAGUAACUACAUUAAUCUUGUUACUUGUUACCUAUACUGUAUUUUUAAGAGAUAUUUUUGUAAUAAAGAAAGCAUAGAGUACGAAAAUUCAAAA